AUGGCCAGUUCGUCAAUUGGACAUUCAAAAUGCCUUUUUACAUGGCUACUUGACAGAGGAAGUGUACAUGAAGCAGCCUGCAAUAACGCAGUUCAAAUGCAUCACUUGAUAAAGAAGUUGGGGACGCUCUUUUCCAUGAAAGAUUUAUGGCCUCUUCACUAUUUUCUCGGUGUUGAAGUGUCCAAUUUCAAGCAUCAAAUGCAUCUUAGUCAGACAAAGUAUGCCUUGGAUCUCUUGAAACGCACCAAGUUUGUUGAUGCGAAGCCCAUUUCCACUCCAGUUCCUACAGGGAAAAAACUAAGCAUGUUUGCCGGAGAGCCUCAUCUUGAUCCACAAACUUACAGAAGUAUCGUUGGCACCUUGCAAUACUUGACAAUCACGCGUCCUGAUCUCUCGUACGCUAUGAACCAGUCCACUUAUGAUAAUGGUCUUCUUUAUAAACCUUGUAGCAUGCUUCUCAGUGCAUUCUCUGAUGCCGAUUAUGCGGGAGAUCCAGAUACACGACAUUCAACAGGAGGAUUUUGUGUCUAUUUGGAUUCUAACUUGGUUUCAUGGAGUUCCAAGAAGCAGAAAACAGUUUCUAGAUCGAGUACAGAGGCUGAAUAUAGACAAUUGGCCUAUACUGCAGCUGAGCUAUCAUGGUUGAGAUCUUUGUUUCGUGAUUUGCAAGGACCAAAUCGCAGACUUGUUUACAAAAGGUUUGUCUUCAUCGAGGUUCAAGCUUUUGGUGUCCAAGCUUCCAGUUGUUCCUCGUCCUGUCAGCUUGCGGGGGAUGUUAGAUGA